AUGGUUCUCGCAAAGUCGAAAAAGUCCGUCGGACUCGGCAACACGUUGAUGAACGACAGAUUCGGCAAGGGAAAGGGAACCGACCGGAAGCGCGUCUCAGCAGUUACUCGUAUCGACCAUGCGACCGGCAAGGAAUACAUCACCAACGACAAGCAGGAUGCUGCCUGGGUCAAGAUGCGCUCCAUCACCGAGCAGGGCGCUCUCGACGAGUUCCUGGCCACUGCCGAGUUGGCCGGAACCGACUUCACCGCCGAGAAGAUGAACAACGUCAAGAUUAUCCAUACCGAUCAGCGCAACCCUUACCUCCUCUCCGCCAAGGAGGAGCAGGCCGUGCUUGGAAAGCAGAAGGAGAACAAGAACCGUCUUACGGUACCCAGGAGGCCGAAAUGGGAUUCCACAACUACCCGCGAAGAGCUCGACCAGUUGGAGCGUGAAAGCUUCCUUGAGUGGCGCAGAGGAUUGGCAGAGCUUCAGGAGACCCAGGAUCUGUUGAUGACGCCCUUCGAGAGAAACUUGGAGGUGUGGAGGCAACUAUGGAGAGUCAUCGAACGUUCGGACGUAAUUGUUCAGAUCGUCGAUGCCAGAAACCCUCUCAUGUUCCGGUCUGAAGACUUGGAGGUCUACGUGAAAGACAUCGAUCCCAAGAAGCAGAACCUGCUCCUCAUCAACAAGGCCGAUUUGAUGACCUACAAGCAGAGGAAAAUGUGGGCGAACUACCUGAAGGGCGAGGGUAUUGACUACAGGUUCUUCUCGGCUCAGUUGGCCAAGGAGAUGAUUGAGGCGGGCGAGUAUGCUGACAGUGAUGAGGAGGAGGAUUCUGAUGAUGAGAGUGAUGCUGGUGAGGGUCCUUCCGAAAAGGAGGAGGCCCCCAAGGCUGAGGAGAAGGAGGAGGCCAAGGAGGAGGCCAAGGAGGAGGAGGCCACCGAGGAAAAUGACCCGGAUACGCACAUCCUGCGGGUUGAUGAGUUGGAGGACAUCCUCCUGCAGUAUCAACCAAAGGAUCAGGAUCGCAAGCUCCAGGUCGGUCUCGUCGGUUAUCCCAACGUCGGUAAAUCUUCCACCAUCAACGCUCUCAUCGGCGCCAAGAAGGUGUCCGUCUCCUCCACUCCCGGCAAGACGAAGCAUUUCCAGACCAUCCACCUCAGCGACAACGUCCUCCUUUGCGAUUGUCCCGGUCUCGUCUUCCCCAACUUCGCCAACACCAAGGCCGAGCUCGUCUGCAACGGUGUCCUGCCCAUUGAUCAGAUGCGCGAGUACACCGGUCCCGCCGCCGUCGUCGCCCGCCGCAUUCCCCAAGCCUUCCUUGAGGCCAUCUACGGUAUCAAGAUCAAGACCAGGCCGCUCGAGGAAGGCGGCACCGGCAUUCCCACUGCCGACGAGCUUCUCGACGCCUAUGCCCGUCACCGUGGCUACAUGACCCAGGGUCUCGGUCAGCCCGAUCAGUCUCGUGCGGUCCGUUACAUCCUCAAGGACUACGUCAACGGCAAGCUCCUCUACUGCGAGCCGCCUCCGGGCUGCGGCGUGGACGGCCCCGAGUUCAACGCCGAGCUCUACGACAUUGCCCAUCUGCCCGAGAACCGCCGCGUAGCGAUGAUGUCGGCACUCGGGGAUGUCGAGAUCGACGAUACCGCCACGCUCACGUCCGAGAUGACGGCGUUGGCGCUCCCCCAGGGCCAAAAGUCCAAGAAGCUUGACAAGGCCUUCUUCAAGACCGCCGGCAACGGCGGCCACGUCCAGAAGGCUUUCCACCAGAAGUACACCCAGCAGGGUCAGGCGCAGAGCAUGGUGAAGCACAUGAGCGGCCGCAAGUUGAGGGCGAUCAUUGCCGCGGAGCAGGGCGUGGAUGUCAAGGAGGUGCAGAUGGAGAUGGGCGGCAAGAAGCACUUCAAGGGCGGUAUGGGGUUGAAGGGUGGCAAGGGCAAGAGGAGAGCGGGGAGGAGCGGGAAUAACGAUGAUGACAAUACCAACUGA